UUUCUGUCUUGAAGGCAAAGUUUUCUUGUAUUCCUCCUCAGUCUUCAAUAGAUCGCAAAGGGUUUUAGUGAAUCGAAGGUCGAGAAGAAAGAUGAGCAGAGGAAGCGGCGGAGGAUACGAUCGCCACAUCACAAUAUUCUCGCCGGAAGGGCGUCUCUUCCAAGUCGAAUAUGCAUUCAAAGCCGUGAAAGCAGCUGGAAUCACAUCCAUCGGUGUUCGAGGAAAAGAUUCAGUAUGCGUCGUUACCCAGAAGAAAGUUCCCGACAAGCUUCUAGAUCAGUCAAGCGUAUCUCACCUUUUCCCUGUCACCAAGUACCUUGGCUUGUUAGCCACUGGCAUGACAGCUGAUUCAAGGUCUUUGGUCACGCAAGCAAGGAAUGAGGCAGCUGAGUUUAGGUUCCAAUACGGAUACGAGAUGCCUGCCGACAUCCUUGCUAAAUGGAUUGCAGACAAGUCACAGGUUUACACUCAACAUGCUUACAUGAGACCUCUUGGUGUAGUUGCCAUGGUGCUGGGUAUGGACGAAGAGAGAGGACCCCUGCUUUACAAGUGCGACCCAGCUGGUCACUUUUACGGUCACAAGGCAACUAGUGCAGGUAUGAAAGAGCAAGAAGCAAUCAAUUUCCUGGAGAAGAAAAUGAAAGAAAACCCUGCCUUCACUUAUGACGAAACAGUGCAGACUGCCAUAUCCGCUCUGCAAUCUGUUCUUCAAGAAGACUUCAAGGCAACUGAGAUUGAGGUUGGAGUUGUGAGAGCUGAUAACCCCAUCUUCCGUUCCCUUGAAACAGAGGAGAUCGAGGAGCAUUUAACUGCCAUUAGCGAACGCGACUGAUAACUUUGAAUCAAUCAGACUUUGCAUUCUCUUCCUUUUGCUUUCAAAUCUUUCUAAGAACAUUCACAUCUCAGAUAAAACUUGUUUCCAUGAGUGUUAUGAAUCUUGUGGUUUCCGUUUGAACCUUUGCUUUCUCAGAUCAUCUUCAUAUUAUUUGGCAUGUAUGGUUGUCAAAUUAA